GCUCCGCCGGUGCAACCAGAUCCAGUGACACAGCGCUGGGAUGAGUGUUGCAGCUGGCCGGGACAUGUCUGAGUAGAAACCUGCUUGUUUAUCCAACACCUACAGCAUUAAACCCCCGUGUCAAAGAUGGGGCAGUGCGGCAUUACAUCGUCAAAGACGGUCCUGGUUUUCCUGAACCUGAUAUUCUGGGCCGCCGCUGGUAUCCUGUGCUAUGUUGGAGCCUAUGUCUUCAUCACAUAUGAUGACUACGAUCAUUUCUUUGAAGACGUGUACACGCUCAUCCCAGCAGUGACCAUUAUUGCAGUCGGAGCCCUCCUUUUCAUUAUUGGGCUCAUUGGAUGCUGCGCCACUGUGAGGGAGAGCUACUGUGGUCUCACUACGUUUGUCAUCAUCCUCCUGCUGGUUUUCAUCACGGAAGUGGCGGUGGUGGUUCUCGGAUAUGUUUACAGAGCAAAGGUUGAAAAUGAAGUUAAUAUUUCUAUCAAGAAAGUGUAUGAUGAGUACAACGGCACCAACAGCAAUGCCCAGAGCCGUGCCAUCGACUACAUUCAGAAACAGCUUCAGUGUUGUGGGAUUCACAAUUACUCAGACUGGCAGAACACACACUGGUACGAAGAAACCAAAAACAACAGCGUACCCAUCAGCUGUUGCAAAAGUAACAUUGGAAGCUGCACGGGGUCUCUUGCUCAUCCUGAAGAGCUCUACCAAGAAGGUUGUGAAGCUCUGGUUGUGAAGAAGUUGAAGGAGAUCAUGAUGUACGUCAUCUGGACUGCACUAACAUUUGCUGCCAUCCAGAUGCUUGGGAUGCUGUGUGCUUGCGUCGUGCUGUGCCGCAGAAGCAGAGAUCCUGCCUAUGAGCUCCUCAUCACAGGGGGCACCGUGGCGUAAAGGAGAACUCAUUCUCACCAUAACACACUUUCAGAAGUAACGUCGGUGAGAGCAUGAAAAUAAUCUAUUACCACACUAACCUUAAAACACCAACCACACUAAAGAUAUAUAUUUUACCUUUGUUUGUUUUGUUUUUUUU